ACGAGGUACGUGGUCAUGUCCGAGGAGAUCUUAAGGAACUACCCAGAACUGGCAACAGAAGGCCUCCCCACGGUGAAGCAACGCUUGGACAUAUCCAACAAAGCGGUCACCCAGAUGGCCAUAGAAGCCUCACUCUCCUGCAUCAAAGCAUUGGGGAGGCCGCUCUCUUGCAUCACCCACCUGGUCUACGUCUCGUCCAGCGAGGCCCGGUUUCCGGGAGGUGACCUCCACCUCGCCCUCGGCCUCGGCCUCAGCCCCGACGUCCGUCGCAUCAUGCUCUCCUUCACCGGUUGCUCGGGGGGUGUCGCCGGCCUCCGUGUCGCCAAGGACUUGGCUGAGAACAACCCCGGCAGCCGUGUGCUGCUGGCCACAUCUGAGACCACCAUUGUCGGGUUUCGACCCCCGAGCGCCGACCGGCCCUACGACCUGGUCGGCGUAGCACUUUUUGGUGAUGGAGCAGGGGCUGCGGUCCUCGGCGUCGAUCCGAUACCGGGCGCCGAGACUGCGUUGUUUGAAUUGCACUCUGCGGUCCAGCGGUACCUCCCGGGGACUGAGAAGACCAUUGAUGGGCGGCUCACCGAGGAGGGGAUAAACUUUCAGCUAGGAAGGGAGCUCCCACAGGUCAUUGAGGACCAUGUUGAGGGGUUCUGCAAGAAGGUGAUGAGAGAAGGUAGGGAAGGAGGUGAGAAUACCAAGUACGAUGAGAUGUUUUGGGCGGUUCAUCCUGGUGGGCCGGCGAUAUUGAGCAGGGUGGAGAGCAGGCUGGAGUUGGGGCCUGAGAAGUUGAAUGCUAGUAGGAAGGCAUUGAGGGAUUAUGGAAAUGCUAGCAGCAAUACUAUUGUGUAUGUGUUGGAGUAUAUGGUGGAGGAGAGUAGGAAGAGAAGGGAGAAGGGAGAGAAGGAUUGCGAGUGGGGUCUCAUACUUGCUUUUGGGCCUGGUGUUACCUUUGAAGGGAUUCUGGCAAGGAAUUUGGUGGCUUGA